AUUCGCUUGACAAGAUGGCGGCGGCGGGGUAGCGGACCCCGGGGUUUCGCGUCCCCUGCAGUCACGAAUUCUAAGGCCAGCGCGGUUCUGGCGUGAGCGCCCCGCGAGCCCCAAAGAAUGCGCCUUCCGCCGCCCGCCUCUGUCCUCUUGGGGCUCCUUCUGCAGAGCAUGGGGAAGCCGCUGUGGGGGGACCUGGUUUUCAUCCCUCCCGUCAUCCGCAUGUCCGGCCCUGCGGUCAGCGCGGCUCUGGUUGGAGGUACCGAGAAUGUUACCGUGUCCCUGGCUCUGCUUCAGGACGAGAUGGGAAUAUUGCCGGUUCCAACUUGUGGCUUGCCCAGCAAUGAGACGGAAGACUGGAGUUUGACUGUGACUCCCAGUAUGAACAUGUUGGAAGUGACAGUGAGGCUGAAGACGGAUGUGGAGCGCUGUUCCGCUAAUGAGACGAAUUCCCUCUCAGCGUCUCCGUGUCUCGUCCAGACCCUCCUGGUGUCAGCGUCUCACGGCUCAUCCUGCUCAGCACAUUUACUCAUUCAAGUUGAAAUUUAUGCCAACUCUUCCCUGGCCCGUAAUGCGUCAGGCAUGAAAAAUUUUGCAGCCAAGCAGACAGAGAUCAGAACAAGGAAAAGGAUGGAAGGACAGACAGCAGAGAACAUGACUGUUAUUCCUAACCAGGUCUAUCAGCCCCUUGGUCCUUGUCCUUGUAAUCUGACAGCCGGGGCCUGUGAUGUUCGCUGCUGCUGUGACCAGGAGUGCUCGUCACACUCAAGAGAACUCUUCAGACAGUCCUGCUUUACCGGCGUGUUUGGAGGAAACGUCAGCCCUCCUUUUGAUCAGCUUUGCUCAGCAGCGAAGACAGCACACCACGUCCCCGACUGGUUCCCCUUCCUGUGCGUGCAGUCUCCCCUCACCAACUCGCCCUUUCUCGGUUACUUCUACCACGGCGCUGUUUCCCUUAAACAAGACUCUGCUUUUGGAAUAUAUCUGCAUACUGAUCUAAAGGACUUAUCAGACUUUGGUUACAAACAAGGAGAUCCAAUUAUGACUGUAGAUAAAGCCUAUUUCACUAUUCCACAGGUGUCCUUGGCUGGGCAAUGUAUGCAGAAUGCCCCCGUGGCAUUCCUUCAGAAUUUUGAUGUCAAAUGCGUUACAGAUUUGGAAAUACGCCAAGAACAAGAUGGUAUUCGCAAUGUGAAGAUCAAAAAUGGCGCAAUAGGAGGCAUAGUUACACCAAAAGUAACCUAUGAGGAAGCAGCUGACCUAGACAAAUUCAUCACCAUUACAGAAACUCUUUCAAAUAAGGGAUCAGCUCCCAGAAAUGUGAAUUUGGAGGAGCACUAUGUUUUCAGGUGGAAUAAUAAUACAAUCAGUGAAAUAAGUGUCACAGUUAUUAGGGCAAACAUUGAUGCCCACCAGAAAGGAAUAGUGACACAGAGAUUUACAGUAAAAUUCUUAAGCUAUAACAGUGAUAAUGAAAAGGAAUUAUCUGGAAAUCCAGGGUACCAACUUGGUAAACCCGUCCGAGUGCUAAACACCAAUAGGAUGAAUGAUACUACCACUCUGCACCUCUGGCAGCCCGCUGGGAGGAGUUUAUGUACGUCAGCAACUUUCACCCCCGUUUUAUUUGGAGAAAAUGCGCUGUCCGGGUGCCUUUUGGAAGUUGGGAUUAACGAGAACUGCACUCAGCUCAGGGAGACCGCUCUUGAGAGACUUGAUUCGUUAAUACAAGCAACUCAUGUUGCCAUGAGAGGCAACUCUGAUUACAGCAAUCUUAGUGACGGCUGGCUCGAAAUAAUACGUGUAGAUGCACCUGACACAGGUGCCGGCCCGUCUGCCUGGAGCACGCCCGGGGUCUGCCUGGGCGUUCCUGCUCAGCUGAGCAUCCGCAUCCUUAUCUCUGAGGUGGGCGCAGUGGAAGGGGUUCCUCAGCAGGAGAUACUAGCCAUGGAGACAAGGUUUUCCUCAGUGGACUGGCAGUACCAGUGUGGGCUGACUUGUGAAGACAAGGCCGACCUCUUCCCUCUCAGCGCAUCGGUCCAGUUUAUUAAAAUACCUGCCCAGUUACCCCGCCCACUGACCAGAUUCCAGACCAAUUUUACGGAGUACGACUGCAACAGAAAUGAGGUGUGCUGGCCACAGCUUCUAUACCCGUUGACUCGGUAUUAUCAAGGGGAGCCUUAUUCUCAGUGCAUUGCCAAGGGCUUAGUCUUGGUCUCUUUCCUCGUGUUAGCUGUGUUCCUCAGUAACCCCUGGACUAGGAUAUGCAGAGAGUGGAAUUCAUCCGCCACCUGACUUCUUACGGACUACAGAGCUCACUCCUGUGAUUUCGGUGUACUCCUACAUGCCUGUCCACAUGUAAUAAAUGAAAUGUCUUGUUUUUGUAGAA